GAGGGAAUGUAUGAGGGAGUCUGAGGGAACCGGUAGGACAGGAGAGACGCGGAGGACGACAGACUGCGGGAAACAAGUUGUGUUACUCCCUCGCUUUGCCAGAAAUAGAUUUGGUCAAGUUGAUCAGCGGCCGGAAAGUUCCGAGCGCCUUUUUGUUUGGUUGUUGUGCGCCUUUUCUUCUUGGGGCAAAGUUUAUCAGACAGUGUCGGGAUCAACCGAAAGCAGCAGCAGGAAGGAGAAAAGCGACAACACUUUGGAGCAGUUUUUAGAUUCUGUUUUCCGAAAAGAAAAGGGGAACCGAAAACGACCGGAUCCGGUUGACUCUUUGUGGAUAAUAGACCGGAGUCACAGACAAACUUUUUUCUUCUUCUUCGUCUUCUCCACACCGCACAACUUUGGGGUUCUUGGAGCUGCAGAGAUGCGGUGAUGGAGUCCGGGGACGUUUCCAAGAUGACUGCUCUUCUAGGAGGGGACACCAUGAGCGCGUUCAAGUGGUCCUUCGUGAUACUCGCCGUCUUCUUCUCUGCCUUCAGGCCAGUAAGCGGCGGCACGCUGACAGAUCUGGAGUUCAAGCGGAGCCCCAAAACCAUCAUCUCCUCGCUAGGCAAACCUGUCACAAUGCACUGCACCCUGAAGGGCAAGGGGAACGAGGAGGAGGACCCCCCCGAUGUGCUCUGGCUGAGGGACGCUGUGCCGCUCCUGUACGCCGACACCAACCAGUUCCAAGUCCACACCGGCGACAACAGCUGGACGAUCAUGAGCACGCUCAGUAUUGAGAAGGUCCAGCUCCCCGACAUGGGCUCCUAUCGAUGUGCUGUUCUAUCCGAAAGCCACCAGACCAUGUCUGAGGAGGGGAGCCUUCAGCUGGAGGGCCUUCCUCAUUUCUCUGUGGAGCCCCAGCACAUGUCUAUAGUGGCCAACGUCUCCCUGAACCUGAGCUGCGUGGCCCACGGACCUCCAGAGCCGGUCAGAGUCAUCUGGCUGCAGGACGGCGCUCCUCUCAACUCCCUGAAGGACGCGAUGGCUCUGUCGCCCUCCACGCUCAACCUCACAGGUCUGAACCGGACCAGCACCUUUUCUUGUGAGGCCCAUAACCGCAAAGGAGUGGCCACCUCUGGAUCCGGAACAAUCACUGUUCUCCCGUCCCGGCCUCAGAAUCUGACAGCCGUGGAGACCACAGCGACCAGUCUCCGUUUAGCAUGGCAGCCCGCUUUUGGAGGCGACUACCCGAUAAUCCGCUGCACUGUCCAGGCCAAACAUUCGGUGGAGUCGUCCACAGCAGGGCCAGAUAAGAUGAUCCACAACCAGAAUGUGAACAUCCCACCAGCCACGCACUUCAUCGGGGAGCUGGAGGCCCACAGCCUCUACGCCGUCAGGGUGGCCUGCCACAGCAGCCAGGGCCCGUCUGACUGGUCGCUCUGGGUGGAGCUACGCACCAAAGAAGGAGUGCCAGAAAACUCACCGGUCAAUGUGAGCGCGGUGCUGAACGGGACAGAGGUGCUGUUGACGUGGGAGGGGCCUCCGGGGAGGAUGAAUGGAGAGCUCCAGGGCUACCUGGUGGAGUACAGCACGCCCGCCUCACAUCAGCUCACUGUGGACACCGCCCUGGACACCGAGCUGUCAAUCAACCUGUCCGUCCCCUUGUCCAAUGUGUCUAUUCGAGUGUGUGCUUAUACGGGGGCGGGGCAAGGACCCUGGAGCCCCACACAGACCCUGACUCUUAUUGCACCCGAAAUGGAGGAAUUUAGAGGUCCGACCUCGCCCCCGGCCUUUUCCUGGCACUGGUGGUAUGUGGUGAUGGCCGUGGCCGGCGCCGUGUCCAUAGCUGUGCUCAUGGGUGUUUACGUGGCCAAGAUGCGGCGCAAGGAGACGCGUUUUGGGGAGGCCUUUGAGCCCAUGAUGGAGAGCGGAGAGCUGGUGGUCAGGUACCGCGCCCGCCGCACCUACAGCCGCAGGACCACGGAAGCGACACUGAACAGCCUGGGCAUCAGUGACGAGCUGAAGCAGAAGCUCCAAGACGUGAUGGUGGACAGACACAAACUAACGCUGGGAAAGACGCUGGGAGAAGGGGAGUUUGGCUCUGUGAUGGAGGGGCUGCUGACUCAGGAGGACGCUACUCUCAAAGUUGCUGUGAAGACGAUGAAGAUUGCCAUCUGUACGCGCUCAGAGAUGGAAGACUUUCUCCGUGAGGCCGCCUGCAUGAAAGAGUUCGACCAUCCCAACGUCAUGAGGCUGCUCGGUGUGUGUCUGCAGACCGUGGAGAGUGAAGGUUACCCCUCCCCCGUGGUCAUCCUGCCCUAUAUGAAACACGGAGACCUGCACAGCUAUCUGCUCUACUCAAGGCUGGGAGAUUGUCCCGUGUACCUCCCAUCUCAAAUGCUGGUAAAGUUCAUGACCGAUAUUGCCCGAGGGAUGGAGUACCUCAGCAGAAAGAACUUCAUCCACAGAGACCUCGCCGCUCGCAACUGCAUGCUGAACGAGAACAUGAAUGUCUGUGUGGCCGACUUUGGCCUCUCCAAGAAGAUCUACAACGGAGACUACUACAGGCAGGGCCGGAUCUCAAAGAUGCCCGUCAAAUGGAUCGCGAUUGAAAGCUUGGCCGACCGCGUCUACACCACCAAGAGUGACGUGUGGUCGUUUGGAGUCACCAUGUGGGAGAUCGCCACGCGGGGACAGACUCCGUACCCCGGCGUGGAAAACAGUGAGAUAUAUGAUUACUUGAGACAAGGAAACCGUCUCAAACAGCCUCCGGACUGUCUGGACAACAUCUACGCCCUGAUGUUCUCCUGCUGGCUGCUGAGCCCCAAGGACCGCCUCUCAUUCGAGCGCAUGCGCUGCGAGCUGGAAAAGGCCCUCGGGGAUCUGCCGGACACUCAGGACCCCGACGAGAUCCUGUACGUCAACAUGGACAAGUCAUCCAUGGAGCUCGGGGCCGUCGGCGGCCGCGACCUCAUCGGCGGCCCUUCCCCUAUCUGCCUGAAGGGCCUGGACUCCAUAACCACCGUGGAGGUCCACCACCCCAACCGCUACGUCCUCUGUCCGCAGCACGAGACCAACCGAGCCCUCUCGGACUCCCUGGAGAGCCUGGACAUGCCGGUGUCGUCCUCCACAGCCACGCUGCCUCUACAGCCAUCCUGCCGCUCCACUCCCAACCUCACGCCAGCUCCCACCCCGACUGUGGAGCUGCUGGAGGACAGAGACGCAUCCAGGAAAGUCCCCUGGCAGUGAUGGCUCCACCCUUUAAAAACAUGACUCGCCAAAGCGUGCUUUAACCCCAGUCCAAGAACGGAGACCCAGCCUCUUGCUCCUGACUGUAAGAAACCCCAAUGUGCCCCGACGUACAGAUAUUUGCACAAAUGCACACACGGCCGAAGGCAUUCCAAGGAAGUGAAAGAUCGGAGUUAUUUCCUCUCUCUCUUCUGAAAUUAGCACAUUUUCUAAGUGGGUGUAAAAGUAAGUCACAGUGGGUGAUCGGGUUUAGAGCACACAUUGUAGCCCACGAACACUGCAGCACAAUCAGAGAAACGCAUUCCCAGUCGCGAUAGCAAUACACGAGCCGAUCCGCGCAGCUGCCUGUAAGACAGCAGGCCGACCUCCUCCGUGUGACGAAGCCACAACACGUCCCUGUGAAAGCAGCUCACACACUGAACGCUCAGCCACACACACUCAGAGGCCUGGACGCUAAUGCCAAGGCCGAGGGGAGUUCCUCUGAACCCUCCCCCGUCUGUGCAAAGCAACAACAUGACUGGAGGACUAGCGGGAAAUAUGCAGAAGGAAGAAGUUUCACUCAUGUGAUGAAAACGACUCUUACGUUGUUGUUGUUGUUGUUGUUUUUACAGUUUAUAAAGGACAGUAAGACGAGUUUAACGACAGAAAUCCCUCAACUGACGUGUUUCCCAAUAGCAGCAAUAGAUUAUGAAUGACUUUUUUUUUUUUUUAAGAAGUAAUGAUAAAAUAAUUAAAAGAAACCAACAUUUACUGGUCAAACAAACAGGGACAGAGGUCCUUGUUGAGGUACUGGUCCAACAAAGCGGUUCUGGUGGAGGUACUGGUCAAACAAAGAGGUACUGGUGGAGGUACUGGUCAAACAAAGAGGGUACGAACAAUCAGAGGCAGGUGGAUGAACUGAUGGACGAUAGACAUGACGGAGGAACCCCAGUGAAAUGGCAGGAUAAGCUCCACCCCUUUUGCUUUUGGCUCAAGCACAGUGUUACUACACAUUUUGUAAUUUUUUUUUAAUGCUGAUUCGUUUGUAUUUCUACAACUUUGCACUAAUGUUUUUUAUAUAUCUUUGUAUGUUUGUUUGUAAUUUGUAUAUCUUUAAUGCUUUUUUUCUUCUCUCCUUCAUUUGAUGUUCUAAGUACUUUGUGUUCGUUCGACCGGCGGACGCCUCUCAUGAAAUCAGUUCACACGGAACGCCCACUUGCAUUUAUUCAGAGAAUUAAACGUCCAGUUCUCCGCAAUGAACUUCGCCGCCUGACGUUGUCCUGCCACUCUCUCUUAUUCUGGGCGGUUUGUCUUUCUCCACGUUUACCCCUGUACAUAGACGUCUGUCACCAGCAGAGAGGAGGAGGAGGAGGAGACAGAAUACAUCUGCUUUGAGGUUCACUAGCUGCAACUUUGCAUCAUGCAUGCACUUAUUUUAAAUAUAGAGAUAUCUCUCUAUAUAGAGAUAGAUAUCUCUAUAUAGAGAGAUAUAUACAUAUAUCUAUAUGUAUAUACAUCUUUGCUUUUGUUUAUUAUUUUGUCAGGAAUGGAAUAUGUUCCAACACACAAUUUUGGGAGAUAUUUUUUUUCCGGAUGAGGUCGCUGUGUUUCUCAGAUGUCAAAAGGUCCUUAGCUCGUGGCUUAUAUAUAUAUAUAUAUAUAUUUUUUUCAGUAUACAGUGAUAUUUUUGCAAUACUGAAAUUGCUUGUUCAGAUUACAUUUCUUACAUAUGGAACUGUAUAAUCAGCGAGUGGUCCGAUGGUGUCGCUGCACACAUGUUUCACCUCUGACUGCAGACCAUGUCAUGUGUCGCACCAAAUAUCCUCAGUUCUUUGGACACAAAGAAAAAAUAAUCCUUCACAGCAACUCUGUUUUCAGUGCCUUUCAGAGAGCCAGUAUUUGUCAUGCGUAUUCUCCCGGCGUGUUGAGCUGGGAGAAUAUAACUAUAACUGCCUUUAUACAGUCGCUGAUUUGUAAACUGAAGUUUUAUACAGUACCCACAGUAUUUUGUAUAAGAAAUAAAGGUAUUCAUCGUGAA